UGCAGUGAAAUCCGAGCCCAAGCCCGCCUGAGCUGCUGUACCGCUCUUGUUUACAGAAGCUACCUGCCCACAACAACAACAAGCUGUCGCUUCCUCUGCAGAAUUGGUCUGAUGGAGCAAAGGCACUCGGCGCGGCUCGGUGCAAAAAGGCAUCAAUGCGACCGGUGUGCAUACAGCACGGAUUGUCCUGGACAUUUUACACGGCACCAGAGAACUCACACAGGAGAGAAACCCUUCAAGUGCAGCGUGUGUGGGAAGGCGUUUGCACUUUCAUCUACUCUUGUAACACACCAGAGAACACACACAGGAGAGAAACCCUUCAAGUGCGGUGUGUGUGGGAAGGCGUUUGCACAGUCAUCUACUCUUGUAGCACACCAGAGAACACACACGGGAGAGAAACCCUUCAAGUGCAGUGUGUGUGGGAAGGCGUUUGCAAAGUCAUCUUCUCUUGUAACACACCAGAGAACACACACGGGAGAGAAACCCUUCAAGUGCAGUGUGUGUGGGAAGACGUUUGCAAAGUCAUCUACUCUUGUAACACACCAGAGAACACACACGGGAGAGAAACCCUUCAAGUGCAGUGUGUGUGGGAGGGCGUUUGCAGAGUCAUCUUCUCUUGUAAAACACCAGAGAACUCACACGGGAGAGAAACCCUUCAAGUGCAGUGUGUGUGAGAAGGCGUUUUCAAAUUCAUCUACUCUUGUAAAACACCAGAGAACUCACACGGGAGAGAAACCCUUCAAGUGCAAUGUGUGCAGGAUAUCGUUUGCACAGUCAGCACAUCUUCAAAGACACCAGAGAACACACAAGCAUCACAAGGUCCACUAGGAGUGGAGUGUGAAAUCAGCUUGUGAAAGUCAAAACCGGACGACAAUCCCAGCUUGGACACUUUUAGAGAAAUCAAGGUGAAAUAUGAAGAGGUGAAGGUGAAAUGUGAAGAGGUGAUGGUGAAGAGCGAAGAAGUGAAGGUAAAAUGUGAAGAUGAAGAUUCAACUCCAAAAUGGGACCUUCACAUCGAUGGAGGCAACUUGGAAGCAGGAGGAGAAUUCUGACUGUGAGGCAGAGUGAGGCAACUCCCAGCAGCAGUUUGUGGAAGUGGAGGAGUGGGUGGACUUCCUCUGAGACAACACGAAGUCAAAUGGAGACCCGGUAGAUGUGUAAGCCAGAGACGAUGUCGCUCCAAUAGAUGCACCUUUGUCACAGGCCUUUAAUGACAAGAAUGUGAAGUUGAACACUCAGUUCCUAGGUUCAACCUGCAGAGUA